UGUAGUAUAUAUGAAUCAUGAUGUAUAUAUGAGUCAUAGUAUAAAUGUCUAUAUCAUGUAUACAAUAGGUACUUGAGUGUAUAAUGUAGGUAUAGAGACUUGUAUGACAAGCUUUAUGCCAAAGGGCAACAAGCAUGGCAAUUGUGAUCAUUGCAGCCACCAUGUGGAGCUGCAGCCCUCAAUCAACCAAGAGAAGAUUGUUAUCAUUUUGAGUUUCUCUUAGAGCAUUCACAUUAGCUUUGUAUUUAUAUAUAAACCCUCCAUUGUGAGAUGAAUAAACACAAUUCAGAUUCAUUACUCUCUCUCUCUCUGUUAAUUUCCGUUUUCCUUAAACACGUUAUCAGCACGAAAUUGCUCUAGAUUUAGAAUCGAAAAUUGACAAGAAGAGGAACUUCAUCAAGCAAUCGAAGUCAUUUUUCCAACCAUACAAAAAACCUCCAAAUCCUACCACAUAUCAAAGCCCUUGAUCCAAGAAGCCCAGAACCGGUUUCAGAACUGCCAGAACCGGCCGGAAACAGCUUGAACCGGCCACCGGAAAAAUUGAACCGCUGCCGAACCGCUGUCGAAGUCCUGCCGAGCCCUGCCGAGUCCUGCCGAGAUCUGCCGAGAAGCUGCCGAGCGAGUCCUGCCGAGACCUGCCGAGAAGCUGCCGAGCGCAUCUGCCGAGACCUGCCGAGCAGCUGCGCAGAAGCUGUCGACAGCACCUGCCGAGAGCUACCGAGACCUGCCGAGCUGCUGCCGAAGACCUGCCGAGCCCCUGCCUAGCAGCUGCCGAGCUGCUGCCGAGCAGCUGUCGACAGAUCUGUCGACAGAUCUGUCGGGCAUUUUUCCGACAACUUUCCGGCGACUUUCGGGACACUUUUCCGGCGACUUCCGGGCACUUUUCCGACAACUUUCCGGCGACUUCGGGACACUUUUCCGGCGACUUUCCGGGCACUUUUCCGGCGACUUUCCGGACACUUUUCCGGCGACUUUUCGGACAAUUUUCUCGACUUUUUCCAGCGACUUUUAAGUCACCUCCGACAACCUUUUCCAGACAAAUUUUCCGGCGACACUAUUUCAAGGAUGUCGAAUGAACCUAGACUCGACUUCCCAAUGCUUGACUCAACAGGCUCGGAAUACCAUGGCUGGGUAACCGACGUUGAGAACCAUCUCACUGCGAGAGGGAUAUUGCCCAUAAUCCAGGCACCUGAUCAGGGCCUAGUGUUCCAACGAACACCCACAAAGCAUGCUCAAGCAACCAUCUUGAUGCGACGCCACAUGGAUAAAUCUCUCAGAUUAGAGUACAUGUCGCUCAAGGAUGCAAGAGAUCUAUGGGUAGCGCUAGAAGAGCGCUUUGGCAAUAUCCAAGAUUUCCUCCUCCCUGACUUGAAGGUUCAGUGGAACAAUAUACGCUUCUCCAACUUCAAGUAUGUUGCUAAAUACAAUUCAGAAGCUCUUCGCCUCAAAGCUAUGUUGAGGGUCUGUGAAAAACCUCUCACAGAAAAAGAACUAAUUGAGAAAACUCUCUCCACCUUCCCCGUCGCAGCACUUGUGAUAUCAAAGCAAUAUCGCACUGAAGUCAAUGCUGGACGAAUUACGAGGUUUAAUGAGAACAUCAAUAUUUUUUCGGUAGCUGAGAAGCACGACAACAUCCUUGUAAAGAAUUAUAAUUCAAGACCCAUUGGAACUAAGAGCGUUCGUGAGGCGAAUUAUAAUGCACCCAAGAGAGGGCGCAUGGAGUGGUACCCUAACAAUAUGGGACAAGAAGGACGAAUGAGUCCAUAUAACCGCCCCAACAAAGAAGGCAGCCGCAACUAUAGUGCGGGCACACGUGGUGGUAACUACACACGUGGGAGAGGUGGAUAUAACAACACCAUGGGCCGUAACACUGUGGGCCGUGGAGGUCGCACCAUACGCCGUGGUAGUAGCAGCAACCCUCCUAGGGAAUAUCCACAACGUGGACAACCUACACCUCAAAUGAAGGGAGGCAACCACAAUGACAGGUGUCAUCGGUGUGGAUCAAUUGAGCAUUGGUUCAAGCAAUACCAUGCAAGUACCCAACUAGCUGCAAGCUACAAGGAGUAUGGGCAAUUGAGAGAGCAAGAAACCAAUCUUGCUGAAGAUGAAGAUAUAAAUCUUGCUGAAGGUAAAGAUAUCAAUCUUGCUGAAGAUGAAGAUGGUGAAGAUAUCACUCUCACCACUGAGGACUUCAAAGCUGCAGAUAAAGAGCACGAGGAUGCCGCAGACUUUGAUUAGAAUAGUCCUUUCUAUUUUCCAAGAAUGGCAAAUGUGCCUUAGUCAAAUGACAAUUGUAUUAAAACUUUUUCUCAUGUGGCGCAUCCAAUGUAGUAUGAUGUCUAGGAAAGUAAUUGAGAUCGGGGUACUUAAGCGAGCCUCGCUCCACCAACAUCUCUCUACUUUCCUGGUCAUAUUUCAUUGGAGUUACCAAACGGAUUGAGUAACUACAAUUUGUCUAAAGUUUGAUUUUAUUAUGGAAUAGACUUUGGAAAACUUUGAUGUAAUCAUUGGCUAUUUUCCUUAUUAAUAAAGUGUCGCAUUAUUAUUCAA